AGAAAUCAACAAAUUAAUCAAUUGUAUUCCUCCUAACUCAAGUCAUUACCUUUCGCUCUGGCGGUUUAAUUUGCAACCAAACCGGUUCUCGCAGGAAAUGGACCGAACCGCCGCCAUAAUCUCCGAUCAGGUCAACGUUGACGGAACUGUGACGCAGUUAUCCCUGCUUGCCGAUGGGAAGCUGUGGUGGCCGGAUGGAGGUAAACGGAAUUUGACCAUCGAAAAAGAGGUUAUCGGGUUCGCCACCGAUGGUUUGAACAUUAGGCUGAAAACCGUGGUGGAGGGAGCAGAUGGAUGCUGUGGUUGCGGGAGCAGGGGAAAAGUGGUCCGAAACGACGUCGUGUUUCGGCCAUCGUCGGAGGAAUCGCACGGGCUCUGGUGCCGCAAGCUUAAAGAAUUCAUCGAUUCCCUGGGACGCCCCAAGAGGCUCUUUGUUUUUGUUAAUCCUUUCGGGGGAAGGAAAUUUGCUGCCAAUAUUUUUCGAGAUCAUGUUAAACCUCUUUUGGAAGACGCACAAGUCCAUCUUACUGUUCAAGAAACCAAGCAUCAGCUCCAUGCAAAGCAAGUUGUUCAGUCACUUGAUUUUUCCAAAUACGAUGGAAUAGUUUGUGUCAGUGGAGAUGGGAUUUUGGUUGAGGUUGUAAAUGGACUGCUUCAGAGGGAGGACUGGGACACUGCAAUAAAGAUACCCCUUGGAGUAGUUCCUGCAGGUACGGGGAAUGGCAUGGCAAAGUCUCUUCUCGAUUCAGUGGGUGAUCCCUGUACAAUAACCAAUUCUGUUCUUGCCAUUAUAAGAGGCCAUAAGCAAUCACUUGAUGUGGCCACCAUCACACAAGGGGAAACCAGAUUUUUCAGUGUGUUGAUGCUUGCAUGGGGUCUGGUGGCUGACAUUGAUAUCGAGUCUGAAAAGUAUAGGUGGAUGGGAAGUGCACGAAUAGAUUUUUAUGCUCUCACUCGAAUCUUCCAUUUGAGGCAUUAUGAAGGAUGUCUUUAUUUUGUGCCUGCACCUGGAUUUGAAGCUUACGGGGAGACCAUAAGUUACCCUGGCAGUUCUGCCAGCAAACGCAUAAUUAGUGAUCAAAUGGAUGGGGAACCAGGGAAGUUAAAAAGGCUAGGCUAUCAGGGACCUGAAAUUGACUUGGAGAAUCUGAGUUGGAGGGUCUUAAAUGGACCAUUUAUUUCUGUCUGGCUUCACAAUGUGCCUUGGGGUGCUGAAAAUACCAAGGCUGCACCAAAUGCAGAGUUCUCAGAUGGUUAUCUGGACUUGAUCAUUAUGAAGAAUUGCCCCAAAUUACCGUUGCUGUCAUUGAUGUCAGAAAUGAAUAAUGGAGGUCAUGUAAAAUCGCCACAUGUCAUGUACCUAAAGGUGAAAGCUUUGGUCUUGGAACCUGGACCGCGCUUGGGGGACCAGGAGAAGGAAGGGAUCAUAGAUGCAGAUGGUGAGGUUCUGGCAAGGGGUAAAGGAUCGUACCACUGUGAGCAGAAGGCUUUGAUGGCCUAUGAUAAACUUCAAAUAACAGUGGAUCAAGGUUUAGCUACUCUUUUUACUCCUAUCUAAAAUCCUUCAUCUUUACAACAAAAGUGAGAAACAGAUAAAGAAUGAAUACUCUGGGUUUUAAGAAUUUUGGACGAAGAUUGAUGUAUACACCAAACCUUAUUUUACACUUAGCUUUGUUUGCUUCCGAACCUCCUCUGUUACAAAGAUGGAAAGCGAGGAUGAGAGAAGAUAUCCCCUGCUUUUCUCGAGCUGAUUGGCAUGGAAAAGCCAAGAUUAGAACAACUUCUUCAGCAAUGAGAGAGAAAGAAGAAAAACAAAGAACAAAAGAGGUGGACAAAGAUGUACCAUUGCUAGAAAAUGUGUUUUAAGGGUAUUUGAAUAAUAAAAUUAAUAAAUAAUAAAAAUAAUAUUAGAAUAAUAGGUAAAAUUAUUUUAUAUUUUA